AUGUCACUAGUAGAUUUGGGAAAGAAACUUUUAGAAGCUGCACGAGCAGGUCAAGAUGAUGAAGUUCGCAUUUUGAUGGCAAAUGGAGCACCUUUUACCACAGAUUGGUUGGGAACAUCUCCACUUCAUCUAGCAGCACAGUAUGGACACUACUCAACAACAGAAGUGUUGCUGCGAGCAGGUGUAAGUCGGGAUGCCAGAACCAAGGUGGACAGAACUCCAUUACAUAUGGCAGCAUCAGAAGGCCAUGCCAGCAUAGUAGAAGUCUUACUUAAGCACGGUGCUGAUGUCAAUGCGAAGGACAUGCUCAAAAUGACUGCACUUCACUGGGCUACUGAACAUAACCACCAAGAAGUUGUAGAACUCUUAAUAAAGUAUGGAGCAGAUGUUCAUGCUCAGAGUAAAUUUUGCAAAACGGCGUUAGAUAUUGCGGUAGACAAUGGAAAUGAAGACCUUGCAGAAAUAUUACAGAUUGCAAUGCAGAACCAAAUCAAUACAAAUCCAGAGAGUCCGGACACUGUGACGAUACAUGCAGCAACACCGCAGUUCAUCAUUGGACCUGGAGGGGUGGUGAACCUAACAGGUCUGGUAUCUUCUACAAAUACAUCAAAUAAAACAGAUGAAACAGGAGUGUCUGCCGUACAGUUUGGAAAUUCAUCAACAUCAGUAUUAGCUACGUUGGCAGCUUUAGCAGAAGCAUCGGCUCCACUGUCUAAUUCUUCAGAAACACCAGUUGUGGCCACAGAAGAAGUUGUGACUGCAGAAUCUGUGGAUGGUGCUAUUCAGCAAGUUGUCAGUUCUGGAGGUCAACAAGUUAUUACUAUAGUGACAGAUGGCAUUCAGCUUGGUAACCUGCAUUCAAUUCCAACCAGUGGAAUAGGGCAACCAAUCAUUGUGACCAUGCCAGAUGGACAGCAAGUAUUAACAGUUCCAGCAACAGACAUUGCUGAAGAAACUGUGAUAAGCGAAGAACCGCCAGUGAAGAGACAGUGCAUUGAGAUUGUUGAAAAUCGUGUGGAGUCUACAGAAAUAGAAGAAAGAGAAACUCUUCAGAAACAGCUGGAUGAGGCAAACAGAGAAGCACAAAAAUAUCGUCAGCAGCUUCUAAAGAAAGAACAAGAAGCAGAGGCCUAUCGGCAGAAGUUAGAGGCAAUGACCCGCCUCCAGACUAAUAAAGAAGCUGUUUAAUAAAAGUGAACAUACUGCACAGCCUGUUACUUUCCAAACCCUGCAGUACAAUCUUGAACUGUACGCUAUAUAGGUACAGACGCAGGAUUACAUGAUAGAGAAGAUGCUACAAGUUGAUAACUGGACUUAAGCCGUGAGCUCUGAUUAAUUUCUUGUAACAUAAAAACUCUGAAUUUAGAAAUUGUGAAAAGUAUUUAAAAUGAAAUACUGUAAAUAGUUGGUUUUUUUACAGUUUCAAAAUGAGUUGAUAAAUCUUUUUGAAGGGAUCCAGAAACACGAGAAGCCAAUGUUUUUGUGGAAUUUUUGAUUUUACUAUGAAUCUAACUUCUGAAAAACAGAACAGUUUUAAGGGUGAUGUUGAUUUAAGCUGACAGCUUGAAAAUUAAUUAUGUGACAAAAAGAAUUAACAGUUAUUUCUACAUGGUAACAACUUAAACUUCUCUGAAUAAGACAUUUCCAGGUGGAAAUCUUUGUACAGCUUUAAGUAGUUGUCUCAGAUUCUCUGAAAACCAUUUUUGGUUUUUUUUUUUUUUAUUUUAGGUGGUGAAAUUUUUAUAUUUAAUUUCGGAUAUAUCCAAGUAGAUUUACAUGUAUAUGAAGCUAAUAUUUUUUAAACUUUUCAGUUUGUACAUAUGCUGCAUGUUUUUAUAAUUUCUACACAUCUUGCAUAGGUAUUUUUCAGCAAAGAUGAGGAAAAUUAUAAGGAAAAUUAUGAGGAAAACGCUUAGCUUAUAGGUCAUUGGAAGUAAGCAGCCAGUUUAAUUGUGGAUGGUAUAUUUGUUGGAAGAAUGUAAUUUGUAAUUAAAAAAACAAAAAAAAAAUCUUAAUUUACAUAUUAGAGGUGAUUUAAAAUUUGGUAGUGGAGGCAUUGAAACUUCACUUUGUGUCUUACAAUUUUCAUGCACAAGCAUCCAAAAAGUUCAGUCAUGAAUAGGAAAGAAUGUCUCCACUGGAACACGAAUAGUAGUUCUUUUAGGAUAUUCCUAUUGAUCUCUUUUCCCCAAUAGCCUUGAAAUCAUUUCAGUGAUACCUUUUUUUCUAAACGGACUUUUGCAUUUUAAUUAUGCAAUUGGACAAGUAAUUUUCUUAUGUUGUGAUGCUCUUAUCCAGCAUCAUUGUUCUUCACUGUGAUACUGUGUUUGUGUGUGUCUGUGCAGUGAUCUAUUAUGCUUAGGAUUUAUAUAGCACAUUAUAUCUUCAGAGCAUUGUAAAAUCUUUUAAAGAGCCCUUUCUGUACUGCCUGAGGCAGGUAAGUGAGUGUUGUUGUCUCAAUUUUAUAACUGAUACAAGUGCAACACAAGGAGUGUUAAAUGACUGGCCCAAGACCACAUGGAUCUGGGGUAAACCUGGGAAUAGAUCUCAGGAGUUCCUGGCUUCUAGUCCUGUGCUUAGACUGAGCUGCCUUAAGAUUGUUCAGUGCUGUGUUACAUUAAAUUUUGAACUACUGUGCAGAUUCCUUUUUUGUAAGAUAAAACUCUUUGUGCUUUGCUUUGUUGUUCCAUGUUUCACUGCUUUUAUGGUAUUGUUUAUAUAAACUUAAGCAAAAAGUCUAGUUUACCUAUACUGUACACAGAAGAAUUACCCUUAAAACUGUACUCUGGCCUACUUUUUCUAUUUUACAAUUAAAUAUCUUUUC